GCCAUAUUCAACUCGUGUUUUGAUGUCUUCGAAAAAAUUGCGCCGAAUACGAUGUCUGACAGGUGAAAUAAUUGAAAGACUGGCAAAAAAUAAUGUAAACACGUGCAAGGACGUUUUAUCAAAGUCAGACCUAGAGUUGCUGAAGAUCCUUGGAGUUGGAAUCUUUACAGUACAUCAGUUACAACAGCAGUGUUCCUUGGCCUGUGUUCCUCAGUGCUUUACGAGCUUAGAGCUGCUUGAAAAGAGAAAGAAAGAACAUGCACAGUUUUUCCCAACAAGUUUGUGUGACCUUGAUGUUGUUUUACAUGGUGGAGUCCCCACGGGAACAGUUACUGAAAUAGCUGGUCCCUCGGGAUGUGGUAAAACCCAGUUUUGUACAAUGCUUAGUGUACUAGCCACCUUACCCAGGAACAGGGGAGGACUGGAGGGGAGAGUCUUAUAUAUAGAUACAGAGUCAGCAUUUAGUGCAGAAAGACUGGUAGAAAUUGCUCAGAACAAGUAUCCUGAUUUGUACAACAGUGAAGAUAAGCUAUGUGAGAUGGCUCAGAAAGUCCUAGUGGAUAAUCACCAGACAUGUGCCUCCCUCAUCAAAAAGUUAGAGACUCUUGAAGAAGAAGUGAUUUCUCACAAAAUCAGACUUAUCAUUGUUGAUUCCAUAGCAUCCUUGGUGAGAAAAGAGUUCAGUAGUGGUGUGGGCACCAGUUUAGUCCAGAGAACCAACUUCUUGUCUCAACAGGCUGCCCUUCUCAAGUAUAUAGCAGAAGUGUUCCAAAUUCCAGUGAUUGUGACAAAUCAGAUAACCACACGGUUUAGUCGUCAAGCAACUGAACAAGAUGAGGAAUCAACAGAGUUCUCAGAGGGGUAUGUAACCGUUGCUCUUGGUAACACCUGGAGUCAUAAUGUCAAUACUCGCCUGAUUCUGCAGUAUCUCAACGAUAAUAAAAGGCAGGUAAUGGUGGCCAAAUCUCCUGUUGCUCCAUUUACUGUCUUCAAUUAUACAAUACAGAAAGAUGGAAUCAUUCAAGAUGCCCACGGUGCAGGCGUGUAUGCUGGUACAGAUCCAGGAGUUCAACAAAUCAAUGUCCGAACUUCACUGCCAUCUCAAACAGAUGAUUCUAUCUCAUCAAGGACUUCAAACUGACCUUUAUUUCAAGAAAUUACCAAAUUUUACCAACAGUGUGUUCAAGAUGCUCAAGUUCUCUUACAGACAAAAGAUGGAUUUACAUGUACUUCCAUGUCUGAAAGUUAAUAGAACAGAUGAAAUAAUUUCAGUAAUCAUAAAUGACAUGACAUGACAUGAUU